UUAUUUUAAAAUUUAAAAGCACAUAGAUGGCUUUCCACUGGUAUGUAUAAAGAGAGUAUUGAUUCUGGUUGGUUCAGCUGAGACGGAGACGAUGGAAAUUACGACUGCGAUAUGGAAACAAAUUGAGGAAUCAGAGAGCUACCUUGUUUGUGCUAUGUACGAAGACGCCGCAUCAUUAGCUUCCUCUAUUUUGGAACGCUUGCGUGAUGCCCAUGAUAGAGGCCUUGAAACUCAAGAUAUGUUGGAAUCAUCUGCCAUGGUGCUGCUUCAGGCAUUCAACCUUCUUGGCAGGACACCCGAGAUUCUUAAUCAACUCAGACUAUACUUCAUUUCAGUUAAAGCUAUUCCUCCCCUCGUUCUUCUUACUGGAGCUUGUUUUCAAAUAGCACAAGGUUCUACGCUUGGCGUUCAAGAAUUUCUUGAGGAGUUUCUUAAUGGAUGGAGUCUUGAAGAAGCACAAUAUUGUGCUGUCAUUACCGAGACAAAUGUAGAGGGUGCAAGGAGAGAUGUAAGGCGCUUUGUUCUUGGAACUGAUGAAUAUUUGCAAGUUGUUGAGGUCUAUACUUUCGCGCUUCUUGCAACAGUUUUGAAAGAUGUAGAUCUUGCAAUUUCCUGGGUUGAGAAUGCUUCAUUGCCCGAGGAAAAUCGACAGGGACUUCUGAGAAGGUUACACUCCAUGCAUUCUCGUAAAAGUAGCAUUUUGUCUCAAAUUUCCUCUCCGCAUUCACCCACAAAUGGCAAUGAAGCUUAUUCUUUUAAAGAACAAAAUGUGUCUGAAGGAUUACUGAAAUCCUUGAAAAGCAAACAUGUAGACAAUGAAAAGAAUAGGUCCAAAGAACCUGUUCCAAAACUGUCUGAACGAAUAAAAGCAUGUUUCUGGUGCUUCCGUGCUAUCAAUUUGAAGAUUGGCUCUGCUAAGUUUGUCAUAACUAGUGGGAAGAUUCUGCUUGGUUGUUUGAUCGUGUUCAUCUAUUAUGUUUUCAGAAAGAAGCAAGCUAGAUUACAAAGGAUUGCAAAAAGACAGGUGAUCGCCGUGAAGAGGGCUUUGGUAGAUUUGUGGCAGCUUGCGUUUUCGUACCAAGUAAAUCCUCUGGUUCAACCACUGUCUGCUGCAGCACGUCAAGGUCAGUGAUGCCAUGAUGGAAUUGUUGACCAAGCAUGUCCUUAUUCAGGAGCCUGUCACAACUAAUCCUCAGUGUAACACCACCUACCCGUGCAAGCUUUCUUUAAUUUCUCAUGCUAUUGCAUGAAGUGUGACAGGGUAGUAUUAUGCCAGAAAAAAUUGAACUACUGUAUAUAAUUUUAUUAAAUGUCAAGAUGUGUUGGUGUAAUUUGUCCAAAAAAUUUUUAGGUCAUGUGAAAGGUGCACAUGAAUUCAUGUAUUUUUUUUUUCUGUACUAGGAAUGGUUGAGAUUGAGAUAUUGUCAUAGAAAAUUGUUAAACAGAGAUAACAUAUCCAUUGCAGAAUGCAAUUGUGGUGGUCAACUAGUUAUUAUUGCAACAGAA